AUGAUUGGACGCGCCCUGGUGGAAUGUCUCAAGCUAAUGAAUAAGGUCUAUGUCCAUCCAACCUCAUCUUCGAAAGACAAUAUCGCCGGCUUCAUCGCCUUAAUUCAACAAAAGCCGACCGAGUCACAUGCAUCCUCAUCCCAUCCGAACAGACCCGAGACACCCUCCUACUUACUCGCCUGGGUCCCAGAGUCCUCACUCGGAGAAGCCUAUGAUACAUACGUCAAAGUUGAUCUCGCCGGAGAUGACUCUACACCCCGCCAGAAGUACCUGGUUCCGCCACUUCCGACCACGACCACCUACAAAGAUCCCAUCGGGCUGUACUCAUUCGCAGUACCGUUGUCAGAAAUAUACUCACUGUUAGUGAGACCGCCGAGCUUGGGAUGGUGGUUCGGCAGCUUGGUGAUCAAUACCCGUGCGGGCGAUGGCUUCCCAGCUCUUUUCUUCCACGAUGAUGAAUGUGAAUCAACAAUCCUGCAGAAGAAAAAGAAGGUUAAGGAGAGCUUCGACCCAUUCAGCACAGAAGGGAGCUUAUUUUGGGGUGGUGAUGAAAUACUGCGGUGGUUGCGGAGAUAUGCGGAGGUACAGCGAUCGGCGGUGGAUCGCAAUGUCUAUCUCAUUAACCCUUCAGAUGAAGACCAGUUGUCUUUUGGUCGGCCCGUGAGCCAUGGUGAUAGGUCGAUCUCAGCCAAGGCACAGCCAGAAGCUGCAGCCGCUUCUAGACAACCGGAGACACCUGAUGCCAACAUGGACCCCUUCAUGAAAACCCUCAAAGAAACCAGGUGGAAAGUGCUGGAGCAGCUCAGCAAGAUUACCACUUUCACCCGUCGGACCGCAAACGAGAUCGCCGACAACCCUCGCAUUCCGCCACAGGUGCGUCGCCUGAUGAAAAAUCCCGAAAUCCAAACCCUGCAAGAUGAGUUCGACAGCGCCCGUGUCUACUUGGCUCGCUGGGCAAUGAGUGUUGCCGAGCAGAGCGAUAAAGAGCGCAAUGCCCGUAUCUGGACAGCACAGGAUAUGCUGGAGAUGGAGAACAGCUCUGUUGGUGAUUUCGAGAUUCUGGAGUUGGAAACUGGGAAUUUGGGUCUCCAGGAGCGACGCCGCGUCCUUCAACUGCCAGAGUGGGAAGGCUUCUUCGAUCAAACAUCUGGGCGACUUCAGAUCACCGUCGAAGAAGUCAAAGAGCGAAUCUUCCACGGAGGUCUCGAUCCCAACGAUGGUGUUAGAAAGGAAGCAUGGCUGUUCCUCCUGGAGGUAUAUCCAUGGGACAGUAGCCGUGAGGACCGACAAGCAUUGAUGAACUCGAAGCGCGAUGAAUACAUUCGGCUCAAAGCAGGAUGGUGGGAGCGAAUGGUGGAAGGUAACUCAACGAGCGAACAAUUCGAUCACUGGAAGGAACAGAAGAAUCGGAUCGAAAAGGAUGUUCACCGUACUGAUCGAACAAUUCCAUUGUUCGCGGGCGAAGACAUACCUCACCCAGACCCCGAUUCUCCUUUCGCAGAGACAGGCACCAAUGUACACUUGGAGCAAAUGAAGGACAUGCUUCUCACAUACAAUGAGUUUAACCCAGACCUGGGUUAUGUUCAAGGCAUGAGUGAUUUACUUGCACCGAUCUAUGCCGUGAUGCAAGAUGAUGCAGUCGCUUCCUGGGCAUUUGUUGGGUUCAUGGAUCGAAUGGAACACAACUUCCUUCGUGAUCAAUCUGGAAUGCGUGGCCAGCUAUUGGCAUUGGACAACCUUGUCCAGCUCAUGGACCCACAGCUGUAUUUGCAUCUCCAGUCCGCCGACAGUACCAACUUUUUCUUUUUCUUCCGCAUGUUAUUAGUUUGGUACAAACGCGAGUUCGACUGGAGCGAUGUUUUGCGUCUGUGGGAGACACUUUGGACCGACUACUACUCGAGCAGCUUCCAUCUGUUCAUUGCACUGGCUAUCCUUGAGAAACACCGAGACGUGAUUAUGGAUCACCUCAAGCACUUCGACGAAGUCCUCAAGUACAUCAACGAAUUGUCCAACACAAUGGACCUCGUUCCGAUUCUCACCCGGGCCGAAUCACUCUUCAAGAGAUUUGAACGUUCAGUGCAAGCCAUUGACAAGAAGGACAAUUUCCCAGCUGCCCCAACUGCCCAUCAACGCCGGCCAGGUAACAGUCAAGAUUCCUCGAACAAAGGCAAAUCACCCCAGCAGGCCGCAAUCGGGUCGAGCAGUGGAAUUAGCGGUCCUUCAACUCUUCAGAAUGCAGUGAAUGCCGAUAAGCCGAAGGUGAUAUCCCCUGAGCUUCGAGAGUUGCUUCGCAAGGACAUUCCGUGGAGACGACAACCGAGUUCAUAG